ACAACGCGUUUUUCUACAUUUUUGCGUUAAUUGUUUGGGUAAAUUUCGCGGAUUUUACAAGUUAUUGGCAAAAAAACUCCUUAUCUAGGCGCUCAAAUGCACAAACGCAACCGACAAGGUGUCAAAACUGUAACUCUAACCCCAAAUAUUGCCGAAAGCAAACGGUUUCUAACCUGUAAACAGCAACAUGUUUGCGAUCAGUAGGAAAACAUUCUGCAAAAGCCUAAUAAAAUCGCACAUAAAAGGCCUUAGCAGCCACCCAAGCGCCGAAGAGAAAAGCACGCAUUUUGGCUUCGAGACUGUCAAGGAAAGUGAGAAGCAACAAAAAGUUCACAAAGUCUUUGAAAAUGUAGCCAAAGACUACGACUUAAUGAACGACGCCAUGUCGCUUGGAAUACAUCGAAUCUGGAAAGAUCAGUUCAUGUGCAAAUUGGGUCCAGUGGAAAACACAAAGCUACUAGAUGUGGCCGGAGGGACAGGGGACAUAGCAUUUCGCUUUUUAAAGUAUGUAAAUGAAUACAAAAUCAAAAAUUGCCAUGUUACAAUCACCGACAUCAAUGCCCACAUGUUGGACGUAGGAAAAACGCGCAGCAGGCAGCUCAAUUUUAGCCCCGAUUCCAUAGCCUGGCAGGAAGGCAAUGCGGAGGAACUACCAUUUCAGGACAACACAUUCAAUGCAUACACUAUCGCGUUUGGUAUCCGGAACUGUACACGAAUAGACAAGGUGUUAAGUGAGGCCUACAGGGUGUUGCAACCUGGGGGCAGAUUUCUGUGUCUGGAAUUUAGUCAGUUGGAAAUUGCAGCUGCACAAUGGAUAUAUGAUCAGUACAGUUUCCAAGUGAUUCCAGUGCUAGGCCAACUAUUAGCUGGACAAUGGAAGCCCUAUCAGUAUUUAGUGGAGAGUAUAAGGCAAUUUCCUAAGCAGGAAACAUUCAAAACCAUGAUUGAAGAAGCCGGUUUCCGGCAGGUGAGCUACGAGAAUUUAACAUUGGGAGUAGUGGCAAUACACUCAGGUUUUAAGCUGUAAAUAAAAAUUUAUUCUUUUGGUGUAACAUAAGCGGUGUAUAACAUUAAUGGAGUGUCCUUUAAUAAAUAAUUUUCCUCGUA